UGCGCACCUGCUGGUGACGUCACUCUGUAAACCAUAAGAGUGCGGAUUUGGGAUGCCUUAACAACCCGAGAUACUAUCUUUUAUAACGUGCAGUUUGUUCCUUAGAGUCCUUAGAUAUUGCCAGGUUAGGAGUUGUCAUCUUAAUCAUAGCUAUCGUGUGGCCUGCCAGCAGGUAUCUACCUGUACUCAGACAUUCCUUCUUCAACUACACGUUGAAUCGGUUUUAUAUGGGCAACAGCAACAGUACAACCACCAUGACUUCAGUUCCGAAACCAAACUCACACUACAAGUGUCGUAAUUGUCAGUACCCGCGUGGUGGACCUCAGCGUUACGCAGUACCCGAUGAUAAAGUGUCCUGGAAGACAAAUUACCCAGAAUAUGCACCCCCGGAAUUUACCUCAGAAUCUGUGUCUUCAGGACCGGUAUGGGCAGAUCCGGGAGUGACAGAGAAAGGGCCACCACCUUUGAAAUGGAAUACUGUCCAUGGCAAAGUAAACAGGGUCAGCCAUAUGGGUCAAUAUGAAGUAGUUAAUGGCUUACCACAGAAUCCCGUUGGGAGGACAGGAAUUAGAUCGCGGGGACAUUUAGGACGUUGGGGGCCGAACCAUGCAGCAGACCCUAUUGUCACAAGGUGGAAAAGAGAUAAAAAUGGUUCCAAGGUUAUCCAUCCAACAACCAAGAAGCCUAUAUUACAGUUUGUUGCUAUACAGAGAAAAGACAGUGGAGAGUGGGCUAUACCUGGGGGCAUGGUGGAUGCUGGAGAGAGAGUCAGCGUCACUCUGAAGAGAGAGUUUGCUGAAGAAGCCAUGAAUUCCUUAGAAGCAAAUUCAGAGGAAAAGGAGAAAAUUAAAAAGUCCUUGGAAACAUUAUUUAGUAAAGGUGUUGAGGUGAUAAAGGGACCAGUGUGGAAAAGAGAUAAAAAUGGUUCCAAGGUUAUCCAUCCAACAACCAAGAAGCCUAUAUUACAGUUUGUUGCUAUACAGAGAAAAGACAGUGGAGAGUGGGCUAUACCUGGGGGCAUGGUGGAUGCUGGAGAGAGAGUCAGUGUCACUCUGAAGAGAGAGUUUGCUGAAGAAGCCAUGAAUUCCUUAGAAGCAAACUCAGAGGAAAAGGAGAAAAUUAAAAAGUCCUUGGAAACAUUAUUUAGUAAAGGUGUUGAGGUAUACCGAGGCUAUGUGGACGACCCACGCAAUACUGACAAUGUCUGGAUGGAGACGGUGGCUUACAACUUCCAUGAUGAUACAGGAGACAGCGUGGGGAAGUUUAAUCUUAAUGCGGGUGAUGAUGCUGGCAAUGUGAAGUGGACCGAUAUCAGCAGCUCUCUUCAGCUCUUUGCCAGCCAUGUGGAUUUUAUAGAAAAAGUAGCUAAAAAGAAUAAUGCACAUUGGUGAUUCAUAUUUCAUGAAAUAUUGGUUAGGAAGGCAAUUGUGAACCAUAAGGGGGGUGGGGUCUCAAAGAAGGGUAUUAAAAUUGCCCCUUUACUGAACUCUUCCCAUCUAAAUUUUGACCCCCUGUAUAAAGUAAGUUCAGAAUGGACAAGAGUAGAGUAGAAGAAAUACCACCCCUGAACAAAAUUACACAUAUAUAUUUAAUUUCAGGAAAAUAUUAUAAGGUUUUUGCCUCACAGUUUGCCCCAAUUCAUUUCUCUUCUUUGGUAUUGUGUAGAAGACCUUCCAUAGACCCCCCCUAAGGUUACAACAUU